UUGUUGGAUAUUUUGUGAAAAGAUUAAUGAAAUAUAGAAAUGUGGUAACAUGUGGCUCAAAAGUGCACACCAAAUCUUACAUGCAACUUGGUGCUGCAUUGGACAUUUGGAUGGAGAGAAAACAAAGUAGUGAACCGAAAAGUGAGACUCAGCCACUGCCCAUCUCUCUCUGCUGUUUCUUUUAUUUCUAUCUAAGAAACAAAACAAGUUGCCAUUUUAACACCAGUUUUUGGGCCCCAACAAAUAAAGAUUUUCACCCCACAAACACUGGUUUUUCUUUAUACUAUAGGAUGAUGUGAUGCGAUUUCUGGAGAUUCUAAGGUGACCCUUUUCUUCCGCUGAUUCUAAUCUAUAUAUGUCUUCUCCACCUGUGACUUACUCUCUCCCUCUCUCUCUUAUUACAUGAUACUCUUGAGCUUUACGGUUUGCAAUUGUGGUGGAGAGCAUUCUUGAAAAUGGGAUUGUUGUUUGAGUUUAAUGGGAUGGAUUCUUUAACAAAGAGGCAUUUCAUCAGUUUCAACUCUGAGAACUGAGAAUGAAAGGUGGAAAAGAUGAAGGGAAGCUAAUGGAUCCUCUGUUUCCCAGACUGCAUAUAGAUGAUGCUGAUAAAGGGGGGCCAAAGGCACCUCCAAGGAAUAAAAUGGCAAUGCUUCCUAUUCAGCCCACCAAUGACCACACUAGCUCUCUCCCACAAGCAUCCUCAAGCCAAGUCGGUCAUCGACUAGCUACAUUCUGUGGCUUGCCUGGAUCUUCUCACUUGGCAGAGAUAUAUCAAUCUUACUAUUCCACUGCAGUAAAUGUGAAGACUCCACUCGGGAAUUCUGAACCAAGUGAGUUGGAAUCCAGCAAUUAUCAAAAUCCAUGUGUUUCAGGGAAUUCAAGAACCAAAUCUAACUCAUUGCGACCGCAUGGCUUUGAUGAAGUCUCUGAGUUUGAUGACAAAGCUCUUGUACCUGCCAAACAUCACAAGAAACAUAGUUUGGUGGAUGAGCCAUGCCAAGAUAGCAGAAUCGAAAGCAAGGCCGUUACAGAUGCUAUAUCUGGAAUGCCUGAAAGAAUCAUGAGGAGGACAUGUGCACCUGCAAUGGAUGACUCAUUAAGUUCCUUUCCAACACAUCGAGAUGGUUACGGGCUAAUUGGGACUGCAACGAUAAACGAAUGUUACAAAGAUGAGGAUUGUGGACCCAUGCAAGGAGAAGAUGCUGGCAAGAAGCAAGAAACUUUAGAUACAUCAGUGGCAGAGUGUACGCCUGUGGUUGAUUUAACUCCUGAUGAUGUAGUGGGCAUAAUUGGUCAGAAACUAUUCUGGAAAGCAAGAAAUAUAAUCGUACGUCAGCAGAGAACCUUUACGAUGCAGAUAUUUGAGCUGCAUAGACUGAUAAAGGUGCAGAGACUCAUAGCUGGAUCACUGCAAGUGUUUUCUGAAAACAUCUUCAAUCUCAAUGUCAAACCAUCUACCAAAUUUCCUCCAACAAAAAAGCUGCUCUUUACGAUUCCUCUCAACCCAUCACCAGUAGUUACUAAACGUAAAGUCGAUGCCUUAAAUCCUGGUAAGCAUCAUAGGGCUGAGGCUGAAGGAGAUUUUGCUCAACAACCAACUCCAAAGCCUUCACCAACUCCACCAACCAAUUAUAACGCAAAAGUAGCACCUUGGUGUUUCCACCCACCUGGAAAUCAGUGGUUAUCACCUGCAGAAUCUCCUUCGGAGGGGCUAAUUCACGAGCCAUAUAAAGGGCUAGGUCCUCCAACUCCCAGCAUCAUGGGACCCGUUUUUGGACAUCAGCAGCCUGUUAAUAUAAGCACCAUGGGCAAAACAGUUUAUGGCGUUCCAGCUGUUGAUUUCCAAGGGACAAGACAUUUUCCAGGUGGUGCAUUUGGUGAAAGUUGCUUAAGACCGUAUGUCAUGCCACUGAUAAAUCCACAUAGUCCAGUUCUUGAUCUCAACCAGACGAUCCCAUUUGCUGGAGCUCAAUCAGCUGGAACUGACAAAGUCUCAUUGGUCUUUGAUGCCAACGUGGCCAUAUCGUGUAAAACAUCAUGCAACAUGGUGAACCAGAGCAGCCUAGUAGUACUUGAUUCUGGUGAAAUUUUGCAUGGACCACAGGCUGACUGGUGGCAAGAGGAUGCUCUUUUUCCGACCACAGCUGCAGUUCUUUGUUCAAAGGAUCACUACAAUCAGAGUUUGCAAGUAAUCAAAGUUGUGCCUCAUGACCCUAAGUCGGCACGAGAAUCAGCAGCACGGAUUUUCCAGUCUAUACAAGAAGAAAGAAAUAUAACAUGAUCAGUGCCACCUUUUUUUC